AUUUUGUAGCUCGUGAAAUUCUCUAUCGAAUGGUAUAUAAUAGUUGGAGUUUUAUAUGACUAUGAUAGGAAAAGUUUUUUAUGAAAGUAGAGAAGGGUCUAUCUUCUCAUAGGGAAAAAUGACUAUUUUUGCUAUAACUCAGCAAUGGUUCGGCCAAUCAUUCUCAUCUUCGAACUCGACCGAGAUAUUGUUAAGACUAAACUGUGUAGAAAAUUUCAUCGCGAUCGGACUCUCCUUUCAAAAGUUAUCGUGUUAACGGCCGGACGGCCGGACACACUGACCGAUUCUAGAGUGUACUCACUUUUUGAGUACACAAAAAUAAAACUUUGGACUCGGGCUCGGAUCAGGUCCGAGUAUGGAAGGACCUGCAGCUCCCUAGUCAUGAUUCUCCUAAUUGAAUACUCGACUGAAGCAAUAUCUAGAAUCAUAAAUGAACACUGAUCACAUCUUAUAACUUGAAUAUUUGGUUCUUUCAUAUAAACAAUAGUCUUGUUUUUUUUCGUUGUAUAAUUUAAUAUAAUGUCUUGCGGAAGAAUCAUGCUGAAGAAAUGGUUCUACGUGAGUUACUCUGAAAGUUUUUAGGUUCUUGAUUAAAUUUAAUAGUUAUAUACUAAUUUAGUAUUUGUGGUAGUAGACCCGAGUCUUAUAAGAAAGUUCACAAAGUUUUUGGUUCUUGAAUAUUUCUCCUUUCGUUUUGUUGUAGAUUAAGUGAUAUUAUACAUUGCCCGAGGGAUAUCGCUAUAGUUUUAAAUAGAGUAAAUAAUGAGUUUUAUACCAAACGAAAGCUCAUCAAAAAUGAGGUUUAUUGGUACUAAACAAGAAGAGUUAUGAAAAUUUUCUAAUGUUUGUUUGGUAUAAAAUUCAACAUUUACUCUAUUUAAAAUUCUAGCGAUAGCCCCUGGCGAAAUAUUAUUUUCAACCUAAUAUCACUUAAUCUACAACAAAACUAAAGGAGAAAUAUCCAAGAGCUAAAAUUUUGUGGAUUUUACUCUAAGACUUGGAUCUACUAUUACAACUAUUAAACUCAUAUAUAUCUAUUAAAUUUAAUCAAGAAUUUGAAAAAUUUUCAGAGUGACUCACGUAUUAUAUGUUUGAUAUAGUAUUUACUGGUAAUUAUAGGACUAUGUUAAAUAAACUAUAACUGCAUUUCAUUAUAAAUAUUCACUCCUAUUGAAACUAUUAGAACCAAAUGAUCUAAAUUAUCAUUUCGUUAGAUUUUUUUUCAAUGUUUUUCUUAGUAAUUGAUUACUUCUAGUAUAAUCUGUAUUUUUAAUACGUUAGUAUGUAUAAGAAUAAAAUCAUAUGUAGUUUGUAGUUAUCAUAGAUUUCUAUAAAAGAUUGCAUAAUUGACGAUAAAUUGACUGAGUCCUGUAUCAUAUAUUUUUGAAAUAAGAGCUGGAUAUUAUCGAUGUAUUGGUUAUUUCUUCUAUUCUUGAUGUCAGAUUCCCGUUCUCGUAGAUCUCUGUAUUCAAUUUACUUAUUAAAUUCGUAUAUGAUAAUUCUUUUUGAAUAGGCAUGACAUUAAUCUAUGUAUAAUGAUGUUAUUUUUUUCUAGAACCCAGUAAAAUUAUCACAUUCACGUGCUUAUACUGUUCCAUUUGUUGAUCCUCCCGAUGGCAUUUAUUUACGUGUAACAAAAGAUAUUAAACGAUUAAGAAAAGAAAUUCCUCAAAAAGAAAUUCGUCGUAUUGCGCGUGCCCCAUGGAAAAAGCUCAAUACAAAUUUUGUCUCGUAUGUUGAUGACGAUAUUGUUGUAUUAGAUUAG